AUGGCUUUUGCUAACGAUUAUGCUGAGGAAUGUAAGAACAGUUACCUCCCUUUGAUUGUUGACCAUAUUUUCUUUUUCUUUACUAACAUAAUUUUUUUUUCACUUGUAGGAGUGGCUAAAGCCUUUAAUGAUGUAGUCUCCCCUCACCCUGACAUUGUGGAGCUCUGUAGGCAGUUCUGGGGGGCGGAGGAUCUUUCCUCACCAAAGAUGAAACUGGCCAUGAUUCCAAAGUCGGCCCGACUGGUGUAUGGGGUUAACAAGAAGACCGGAGAGAAGAAUAAGUUCCCUCUAGUGGUGGUCAAUAAUGUGUAUAUAUUCCCCGGUGUCCCAUCCAUUAUGGAGAGGAGUUUUAUAGCUUUAGAGGAUUUGUUUAAGAAUCCUGAUGCCCAUUUUUACACAGAAGAAAUCUUUGUCCAGCAAGAUGAGGUAUCAAUUGCUGCCAUACUGAAUGAGGUGGACCAAGAAUUUAAACUUGAUGUAACACUAGGGUCGUACCCAGACUUUCAUAACAGUUAUUACAAAGUUAAAUUGAUGCUGGAAUCCAGUAAACCAGAACAAAUACAUAAAGCUAUUGCUUCACUGAAAGAAAAAUUACCUGAAGGUAGCAUUGUAGACUAUGAUAGCCAGCCCAUCAAAAAUGCAACACGUAGAGUUUAUGACUUGAUCGAGUCAAGUAACUCUGAUGACCAUUACAGAAACUGUGUUAAAGAGGCUGUGUCUGUAUUAGAGGAAUGUCUAGAAAAAUACAGUUUAGAUGAAAUAUGUAUUGGCUUCAAUGGAGGAAAAGAUUGCACAGUCUUACUUCACAUUUAUUAUGCAGUUGUGAAAAGAAAGUAUCCCGAUUUUCAAGGAAGGCUGAAAGCUUUGUAUAUCAAGAGCAGACUCCCAUUUCCUGAGGAAGAAAAAUUUACACAGUUAUCACGAGAUAAGUAUCGACUUGAGAUGUUGCAUUUUGAGGGCCGUAUAAAAGACAGUCUCCAGCAGCUGAAAGAUAAGCAUUCUGACAUCAAAGCUGUGAUAAUGGGCACCAGGAUUACAGACCCUUACUCAAGUCAUUUACAAGCCUUCAGUAUGACCGAUUCUGAUUGGCCACAGUUUAUGAGGGUGAAUCCUGUUUUAAACUGGUCUUAUAGACAUAUAUGGAAGUUUCUUAGAGACCUAAAUAUACCUUACUGUAGUUUAUAUGAUAGAGGAUAUACCUCUUUAGGUAGUAUGAACAACACCCAUCCCAAUCCACUGUUACAGUAUAUUGAUGAUCAUGGAGUGUUGAGGUAUAAACCAGCCUACACCUUGUCAGAUCCUACAAAGGAGAGAGAUGGCAGGAACUGAUCCUACUGUAGAGAAGGCUGGUGGCAACUAAUCCUACAAAGGAGAAAAGUGGUAGGAUGUGAUCCUACUAAGGAGAAAUAUAGUAGGAUCUGAUCCUACCUUGACAAAGGAUAGUAGGAACUGAUCCUAAUGAGGAGAAAAAAGGGUAGGAUCUGAUUCUACCAUGGAAUAGGAUGGUAUAAUCUUAUCCUAUAGAGAAGGAUGGUAGGAUAUGAUCCUACCAAAGAAAUUGACAGGAACUGAUUUUUAAUAUUUUCUACUUGAAAUUUGCAAAAGUGCUGGUUGUAAAUUUUAAAGUUUAAAGCAGGGUACUGAUCAGUUUCUGUUAUUCUAUUUUCAUAUCUUUAAACAUCACAGAAUGUGUAGACAUUUGCAUUCCAUUCAUUCAGGGACAAUGUGGUUUGUCACUAAGAAAUAGGAAAUCCACAUAUCAUCUUCUCAAAUGAAGAUACAUAACCUAUGUUUUAUGAUGUUUGAUUCAACUUUUACUAUAAAUUUUUUAUGGUGCUUUUUUUUUGUUCAAAAUGUCACAGGUACUUAUUUUUGCAUUAGAAAAUAUUUUCAAAUGAAGUGUUCUAUGAAAUAAUCAUUUGUCGUUUAAUCAGUUAAUCUAAAUAAUAAUACUGAUGACCAAAAAAUGUUGUUAAGUGUGAGAAAUAUUUAUUGUAUUUUAUAACUGAAGGAGAUUUAUGAUGUCUUGGUACAUAAACAUUUUCAUGCAUUUUAUACAGAAGACUUUACUCAGACCUACAGAGUAGCUUGCAUUGAUUAUCAAACCAAUCUGAUUAAAAUCAGAUCCUUUGAUCCGCUCUCAUAGAUCCCUACACAAGGAUCUGAAGAAACCCCAUUCAGGGUCAUCUGUAGGUGAGGUUUCUAAUAAAAAUAUUCAUUAAAUUCUGACCAAUCAGAGAGAUCGUACUUAAGAGACAUUCGGGAAAAUGAAUAUAGAGGUGAAAGCAAUGUGGAGGAGAUCUUGUCAUAUUGUACAAAACAAAUAGGCAAAAAUCAAAUACUUUAUAUUUUUUCUGUACAGAAAAAACGGUGGUUGUUCUUUUGAGAGGCUAUGGAAACCAGGUCAUUUUUUUAAUGUUUGUUUAUCAUCAGAGCUUUCACUUCUGUAACUAAAUUUCUAGAUACUUUUAAAUUCUAAGAAGAAAACAUUUGAUUGGAUAGUUGAAAGGUCACCAGGAGAUGUCCCUGAUUGGGGUUUCUUCAGAUCCUUAUGAGGAUCCAUUUGAAUGGAUCAAAGGAUCUGAUUUAAUCAGAUUGUGAUCAAACCAUCAUUUACCCUCUGUGAUAGUUUAUCUUAGUUUUUCACUUUGUUUCCAAUCAUUAAACUGUGAACAUUUUGUUUGUUUAUAAAAAAUAUUUUUAUAUUAUUUCAGAAUAUACAGUUUUAUGUAUACGUGUACACUUUUUAAUGGAA